GUGUGUACAUUAGCGUACUUUGUCUGUUACCCAUUUGCCAGCUUGACGCAUUUGAUGCAAAGGUGAAGCCUUUAUCAUCAUCAUCCCUUCACUCACCCACAUCACAUUUGAGGCUUGAGCUCUGUUGUUGUUGGGUGAGAAUGGAGAAAGCUCUCACCAAGGUUUCAAGCUUGAAGGUGGGACUUGGAGACUCAUGGUUUUCCAAGAAGGCCAAGGAGGAGUUUUCCAACAUCUCUCAAGACAUCUCUACUUUCUCUAGUACGGUUGAAGAAAAGGCAAAAUGGGUUUUCAACAAGUUAAAAGGCAAGCCACUGAAAAGCCUACCAGAUCUCCUCCGCGAGUACAAUUUACCGCCAGGGCUAUUUCCCCAGAAUGUAAUCUGUUAUGAGUUUGAUGAAGUCAAGGGUAAGCUGAUUGUCUACUUGCCGUCUGCAUGUGAGGUCAGCUUCAAGGACUCCUCUGUACUGAGGUACGCGACCCGAGUCAAAGGGGUUCUUACGAGGGGAAAGCUCUCAGCAAUAGAGGGAAUGAAAACAAAGGUUCUUGUAUGGGUUAAGGUGACAAAUGUGGCAGUUGAAGGUUACAAAUCUGAUAAGUUGUGGGUUACUGCUGGUGUGAAGAAGUCAAGGCCAAAGGAUGCUUAUGAUACACCUCGUGAUGCUGUUAGAGUAUCAGAAUUCUGAGUUUAUAAUGUUGGUUAUUAUUCUGAUUACUAUGGAAUAGAUAGUGGAAAUUAUGGGAACUAUUUACAUAGUAUUAGUAGGUGUAGUUAGGAUCAUCUUCCCUAUAUUAUCUAAAUAUGCUGGAUGUAUUGCAGUUCUGAUCAUUCAUUGUCUCAUUGAACGUUUGUUAAUUUGGCAGCUCAUGUAGGGACUCUAAUGGUGCAAUGCAAGUUGAAACUAUGCAUUUUUCCUAA